UGAACUAACUGUUGCUGACAAUGUCAAUAUAUAUCCUCAGUUUUGAGUGAAAAAAUUGUGUCCGAUGAUAUCAUCAAUUGCUACUUGUUGAGAGAAGUAAUAGAAAAGAAAGAAUAGUUACUAAGUAACUUAAGAUGUUUCUGAAAGCAUAUGGGAAAGAACAAUCUAAUGUAGUAUGAUACUGGUUUUUAUUUGUAGAAAUGAGAGAAUACAUAGUUGAGAUCCACUUAACAAUAUGCAUCAGUUUGCAUUGAAGGGCUUAUGUUUUUGUUUCGUGAUUAGGAAUAAACACUAAAUAUCUUGACAAGCUGCAAGAUACUCUAUUUUUCUGUAUAAUUAUGUUUUUUCUAAAAUGAGGUUUAUGGAGUGCAAGUUGAAUGAUUUAGAGGAGGAAUGUUUGCUAAAUCUGAAAGAAAAUUAGAUAUGUUGAUGUUGAAGUCCUAUUGGAGAAAGUAUCUAUUGCAAUUUGAAAAUGCUCAUCUAGGCUUCCAUUGGCACAUUUAUAACUUGUAAGAUGAAACUUGCAGUCAUGAUAUAAAGCCAAAAGAUGGAAAGUAAAGUUGCCUUUUUGUUUUCUAUGUUGAAAAUUGAAUUGGAUCUUUUUUGCUAGUUUGGAUGAAAAUUUGUGUUAAACUUAAGAGAAAGUUGUAGAAAAGAAAAUUUUUGUAGCUUGACUGUUUAUUUCAGUAUGACUUUUGACAAUGUAAGUGCAGGUAAUUUGGACACUAAGGGGUCAUUUGGUAGGAUGUAAAAUAAUAUAUGUAUUAGCCUUGGUAUUAUUUAAUACCUUGUUUGGUACAUAGCAAGCUUUGGUACUAGCAUUACCAGGGUUAUUGAUACAUGGAUAAGCAUGGUUAAAAACAGAACUACCCUUAAUACACCAAACCAAACUAUUCUUCCGAUAAUUUUUAGAAUCUAAUGUAGGGGAUGACGAAACAAGGAUAUGCUUAAUGUACUUGAUUAUUUACUGAAGUGCUGCUUUAUAUAAAAAUCAAUGAUAGUACAUAUCAGCAGUUUGCUUAAACUGUUCCAAGGAAGCUGCUUGCUGCAUAUGCAUCAAGGCUUUUGAUUUAAUGAAGUUUGCUAUUCAACCUUCUUUAUAUCAUGCCAAAAGCUUCCUCUUUCAUUAUCUCUAUUCUCCAGAGCCAUUGCCAAUAUGAUCUCUUUCUUAUUUUCCAAAGAUACAGGAGUCUUCUAUUCUCAUCAUCUGCUCUGCUAACUAAUUAAAGUGGUUUGAUUGUGCUUCUAAAUCAUGCUGAUAUGAUUCUCUUAGACAGUGCAGUAGGUGGCUCUAGAGAACCAAAAAUUAGAUAAUGAGAUGCAAUAAAGGAAAGAUGGAAUGCAUGUUGCACCUUGGAUGUGAACAGGAUAUCUAUUGACUAAACUCAGGAAUCAGAUGGCAAGGAAUACUUGAGAUGGACGGAUCAAAUUAUUUGGGAAAGAUAGCACACAAGCUCUGCUGGUAUCAUCAGAGAUGGUGUCAAGCAAAUUUUUGCAGUUUAUGGAGAACCAAGGCCUCCUAAUUAACAUAAACUCCAAUAACCAAAUAGAGGUCUGGGAUGUAGAACAAAGGUAUUUGUGUAAUGUUCAUGACUUCGACCGGGAUAUCACAUCUUUUACACUCAUACAGCAAACUCCCUACCUGUAUCUUGGAGACUCGUCAGGACAUGUUUCAGUUAUGAAGGUUGUUAAAGAACCCUAUAAUAUAGAGAAAAUGAAAUACUGUAUCCCUCUUUCGGCAUCUCAUGGCCUAUCAAAUGAAGUUUCCGGGGAUGCUGCUGUAGCCCAUAUACUGCCUCAACCUGCUGCAGAAACUAAGAGGGUGGCUAUUGUUUACAAAGAUGGUGUCAUAACACUUUGGUCAAUCCGUGAAAGUAAAGCAAUCUUUAUAACAGGGGGGAGUCCUCUGCAAUCUAUGGGUCACGAGACAAAAAAAGCAACCACAGCAUGUUGGUGCUGCCCUUAUGGAAGUAAACUAGUUGUUGGAUACAACAACGGAGAGAUAUUCAUCUGGAGUAUUCCAGCUACUUCAAAUUCAAGCAUAGAUCAAGAACAUGAGGAAUUGCCUAGUGGAACUCAAAGUGCCCCAAUUUGUAAACUGAAUCUUGGAUAUAAGUUAGACAAAAUCCCUAUAGCAAAAUUAAUAUGGGCCUAUGCAGAAGGUAAAGCAAGUCGAUUAUAUGCUAUGGGCUCCCCCGAUUGUCAAGCAGCAAACUUACUACAGGUAGUUUUGCUAAAUGAGCACACUGAAUCUCGCACAAUUAAGUUGGGACUUCACCCUCCUGAGUCUUGUUUGGACAUGGAGAUUAUCUCAAGCUUCCCCACAUUGAAAAAGAACAUUAACAAUUCAUUACUUUUGGUAUCAAAGUCUGGCCAAAUUUACACAUAUGAUGAUUCUUUAAUUGAAAGGUACCUAAUACAGUACCAGUCUAGGUCACCGCCAUCACUUCCAAGGGAAGUGACGGUGAAGCUCCCACUUGUUGAUUCAAGCAUCACCAUUGCAAAAUUCGUAGUAAACAAUCCUUACAUGUUGUUUUCCAUGGAUCAGGACUAUAGUAGCCUGAUAAAAGAUAGCAUGCCUCUUUUUCCAUUUGAGAGAGGACAGAAAGAUGGAACUGGAUCAAAUUCAACUCAAUUUUCUAAGGCCAAAAAUGUAUUCUUAAGUGGUCACAGUAACGGAGCCAUAAACUUAUGGGAUGUCUCGUGCCCAAAUCCACUUCCUAUUGUGUCAAUAACUCAGCAGAGUGAGGACAGCCUUUCCUUAAGUGGUGUACCCUUAACGGCAUUAUGUCUUACAUCUGACUUACAUAUCCUCAUUUCUGGUGAUCAAAGUGGAACGGUACGUAUCUACAAGUUCAAAACUGAGUUUUUUGCCCCAGAUACUAGUUUUCUAUCCUUUCAAGUAGGUUCAAAGAAAGGAAGCAACCCAAUCCAGAGCAUUAAGCUUGUCAAAGUUAAUGGAGCUGUACUUUCUAUAAGUACCAGUGAGGAUUCCAAGUAUUUUGCUGUUGGUUCUGACCAAGGAUAUGUGGUAUUAAUUGAUUCUGACAGCAAGACUAUACUGUAUCAAACACAUAUUGCCAGUGAACUCUGUGCAGGUGUCAUGUCUAUUCAGUUCAACACGUGUAGCUUGCAUGGAUUCGACAAGAAUAUCUUAGUGGUAGCGACUAAGGAUUCAUCAGUCUUGGCCCUUGAGACAGAAACAGGAAAUAUAUUAAGCCCUUCCAGUGUUCAUCCAAAGAAACCUUCCAGAGCUUUAUUUAUGCAGAUUUUGGAUGGACUAGAAAUGUCUGGUCGAGGAUUAAGCAUUUCAGAUGGUAUAGACAUUAUUAAGGGGAAUUCGGAUAAUGUUGCAUCAAAGCAACCAUUAGUAUUGAUCUGUUCUGAAAAGGCUGUGUAUGUCUAUUCCUUAUUGCAUAUUAUUCAGGGUAUUAAGAAAGUAUACUUCAAAAAGAAGUUCCAUUCCACGCUAUGUUGCUGGGCAUCAACAUUUGACAUGCCUGAGGCGGGCCUUAUGCUUCUCUUCUCGAAUGGAAAGAUUGAGAUUAGGUCUCUUCCAGAGUUGUCCCUUCUAAAGGAAACUUCAGUUAGAGGCCUCGUACUUUCUCCACCGAAGGCAAACGCCAUAGCUGACCAUUCAGUAUGCGCUUCAAAAACUGGUGAACUCAUAGUGGUUGACAGGGAUCAAGAAAUGUUCUUCGUCUCAGUUUCCUUGCAAAAUGACACCUUCAGGUUCCUGGACUCUGCUUCUCAUGUUUACGAUAGAGAUUUAGUGGUUGAACCAGGGAAGAUCUAUGCACCCAUCAUCCAAAAAGAAAAGAAAAAGGGAAUUUUUGGAUCUGUUUUCAAAGAUGCCAAGGGAAAUAAGGCAAACAAUGUGCCUGACAGCGGAGUUGAAAAUGCAAGAGCAAGUAUUGAAGAGAUGUCUGCAAUGUUUUCAGCCGACAACUUUCCAUCACUCACCCACAGUGAAGAGAAGUUAGGCAGGAACGAAAAGGAUGCUGACUUGGAUAUAGAUGACAUUGAAAUUGAAGAUCCAGUAGAGAAACAGAAGGGAAAUCCAAUGGUUGCAGCACUGAACAAGCAGAACCUUACAAAUACAUUUCAGGCUCUGAAAGGAAAGUUUAUGCCCGUGAAGGUCAAAAACGAUAAAGCCCCGAUAAAUGAUGUACCACAAGAUGACAAAGCAGAUACUAUUGGUCAAAUUAAGAAAAGAUAUGGGUAUACUGCUUCAGCUGAACCCAGUGCUACAGAGGCAGCAAAGUCAAAGCUCAGUGAAAAUCUGAAGAAGUUGCAGGGCAUCAACAUUAGAAGUGCUGAGAUGCAGGACCAAGCCAAGUCAUUUUCUUCCAUGGCUAAAGAGGUGUUGCGAUUUUCUGGAAAUGACAAAGCAAAUUCGUGAUUGCUUCACUCCACACAAAGAUGUUUUGCUGGAAAUGUAUAGUAAAUUACAAUUCUGAGUAUUUUUCUUGAUGUUACCUAUUUGUUCAUUUCUAUGAGACUUGGAGUUGGAGAUUUUCUUUUCUUCUUUUAUUUAUUAUAUGUAAAUGGCACACAACAUUUGAUAUGAUUCUCACAGAGACGUUAGUUUUUAGGGGUUUGACAGUGUUUCCCAGUAUGAAGUUAUGUUGAUGCGUCUUUUAUGUAAAUUGAAGGUUAUUAAUGUAUUUGUAUUUGCAGCUCAGUA